AUGCGUUCUGCCACCGCCAUCCUCUCUGCCCUCGUCGUCGCCAUCGUCUGCAUCAGCGGCUCCUACGCCCAGCAAGGCAUCUUCAACGUCACAAAGCCAACGCCCAACUCACCCUAUGUUGCGGGCCAGAAGCUUCCUCUCGUCUACGAUGUCGCAUCCACCACCACUGAGCAGACCCUCCAACUGAGCGUCACCUUGAUCGACCCCCGCAACGCCACAAACAAUGUCCUGAUGGUUCAGAACGGCGAUAUCUCCCAGGGCUUCAGCAACCAAAAGGAGAUCGGCAACACCACCGUCUACGAACACCAGACAAACUACGACAUUCCCACCAACACCGCCGCUGGCGAGUACCAGGUUGUUUACACCAACACCAUUACUGGCUACAACACCACCAUCCCCAUCACCAUCGCCGAGGCUGGCACCACUCCUUCCCCUGCCUCGCCAUCAUCCACUGACGGCUCUAACGAUGAUGAGACGAGCAUGUGGGACACCGGCGCUGCUUCGUCCAUCUCUCUUGCUCCCGUCUGGUUCACCUUACUUGCCGUCGUUGGCAUGGCUCUGAACAUGUAA